AUGUCAACGACAAUCACCAAGCGGAGGCGGGCGAGGAAGGCAUGCAUCCCAUGCCAUCAGCGCAAGCGGAAAUGCGACGCCGUGUAUCCUUGUGGGAUGUGCACCACCCACGGCUACAAUUGCACCUACACCGACGGCCAUCCUCCGCCUCCAGCCAAGCGCACAAACCUGGAGCGCGACGAGGGAACUCUCAACCGAGGUCAGAUCGAGCCAGUCGACUCGCCGGCCCAGACUCCCCUCCCCGCCGUGGCCGUGGGGCCGUCUCCCGGCAUCUUUGAUGAGCAAAGGUUUCGAUACUCUGGGGCAUCAGCGGCCAUGGCAUUCCCACAUAUCCUUGGAGUGGCUCUGGGCUCCGAGAGUCCUCCCAAGAUGCGGUCAUUCGCUUACAACUUUGGCGUCCGCCCCGAAGAAGCAUCCAACGCUCACUGCUUUCUGGGUGACCUCAUCUCGGAGGAAGACCUUGGCUUCUUCUCGGGGGUGUACUUCACCGUACUGGGUCCCAUCGGUGACGUGAUUGACCCUACCACCUACACGCAGCGAUGCUGGGACUAUUACCGGGGUUCUGGCAGCAAUGCGGCCGCCUUUGCUGCUGUGGCCGCCGGCGUGGCGGCCCUCGGAUCCUUCCUAUCCCCACGCAGACACCCGCGGGAGUCGGACCUGGUGCAGUACGCCAAGGCGAUUCUCGACGAUCCCUCCUCCAUGCGUCUCCAUGGCAUUGACCACAUCGUUGCGUGGGGCAUGCGAGUCUUUUACCUGCGAGCUACAACCCGGCCCAGCAAUGCUUGGAUCGCUUCGUGCACGCAAAUGCAUCUCUGCGAGGCCAUCGGCCUGCACGAGGAAGUCACCAUCACGAAGAUGGCCUCAAUGGCAGGCGCCGCCAUCCUCGGCCAUAGUGCUGACCGUCUGCGCAGAAUCUUCUGGAUCUCGUGGGCCGGGCAUAACAUCCUGUCUUAUGAGUACGAUCUUUCGUCGGUCGGAUAUCGGACCGUGACUUGCCAGCCCAUCAUCUGCGUCCCAGGGUCCGUGGCUGAGCAGUUCGUACAACUCGCCCACAUUAUUCCCUCGCCCAACGCAGCGUUGAAGUACGACACACAACCUGCUAGUCCCACGCAGGAAUUAUAUCAUCGUCUCAAGGCCCUGGAUGAGUCCAAAGUAAGCCAUCCGUUCCUGGUUGUGACGAAGGCGGAUCUUGCAUUUUGCUUUUAUCGACGGCUCUACCAGCUCAAGACCCAGAUACCAGACGAGAUCAUCAAACUCGUCAUUAACAGCGGCAACGCCGCAGUGGAGGCAGCCAAGGGGCAAGCUGAUCAGGGUCAUCUGUUUUGGAACGCGAUUGGCAGCGUCUUCCAAUACUGCUGCAUUCUGUUGGCCAUUGACACUCCGGUAGCUUUUCCCCACAUUGACAGUGCGUUUAAGGGCCUGGAGCACCUUGUCAAGGCUGCCGAUACCGGACUGACGCGGGAGGCGUUGUCGAUGGCGCGCCACCUCCUCGGCUUAACCAUGACCAAGAAGCGAAAGGAACUGGCUCAGCUGGAAGCUGUCGAAGCAGGAUAUGGGUUUGGUCAGACACCGCCGACAGCUGAGGCCAAUAUUGCGAUGCCAGACAUGAGUUGGGAAAUUAACUGGGACCAAUUCUUCAUUGAGCCAUACUUGUCUAUGCUCGGUCCUGAUCUUCCCCUAUGA